AUGCCGCCACCGGCGAAGCAGUCUCCGGUGACAGGCCAAGAUGUUCCGGCUUACUACAUCCACGCCGAUAGCGAUCACUUCAGAGAUACCCAAGGGCGUUCACUGUUGCUACGAGGCAUCAACCUCUCUUCAUCCGCCAAGACGCCUAUCGGACAGCCAGGCCAGCGACUCAAGGGGUUCUGGGAAGCGGCCGAGUCUGGCGAGAUGAGCUUCGUCGGUCGGGUGCUCGACCUCGAAAAUGGCGAGGCGGAUCUUCACCUCCGCCGACUCACCGAAUGGGGCUUCAAGCUCGUCAGAUUCGUCUUCACCUGGGAAGCUAUCGAGCAUUCUGGACCUGGCAAGUAUGACCAAGCUUAUCUGUCCUACGUCGUCAAGCUGUUGCGGCGGUGCAAAGCUCAUGGCAUCAAAGUCAUCAUGGAUCCCCAUCAGGAUCUGUUCUCACGAUUCUCAGGAGGUUCGGGUGCACCUUACUGGGCGCUUCUCGCAUGCGGCAUGAAUCCACGCCAUUUCACAGUCACCAAUGCUGCCGUCAUACAAUGCGAGUAUCCCCAUCCAGACAGGCCAGAUCCACGCACGUUCCCCGACAUGAUCUGGGCCUCGAAUUACACGCGACUAGCUUGCCAGACGAUCAACACCAUGUUCUGGGCAGGCAAAGAUUUUGCGCCAAAAUGUAUCAUAGACGGCGUCAACAUUCAGGACUGGCUCCAGACAAAGUACUGCGAUGCAGUCAGGCAGCUUGCCAAGGCGAUCAAAGACGCAGGCGACUUGUACGACGAGUGUGUCAUCGGCUGGGACUCGGUCAAUGAGCCCAACAAGGGCUUUCUCGAGAUCGAGGACCUUGCGGUACACUCCAAAGAGAAUCUCCUUCGUAUUGGUCCCAUGCCGACCGGCUUCCAAGGCCUGCGAGCGGGCAUGGGCGAGACGCUCGAGGUCGAAAGCUGGCGUUUCUCCUCACUCGGCCCGAAGCGUGACGGCAAUCAUCUGAUCGAUCCAGAGGGCAAGAUCGCCUGGCUGGACGCGGAUGCCGAGGCGGGUGGCUCCGUCUGGGGCUGGAAACGCGAUCCCGGCUGGAAGCUUGGCGCAUGCCCUUGGGCACUUCAUGGCGUAUGGGAUACCGAGACAAAAGAACUCUUGCAGCCAGACUACUUCUUCUUCCACCCCCAUGACGAUCCCGCACGCAAAGUCGACUUUGCGACCGAUUAUUGGAAAGACCACUACAAGACAUAUGCGAGCAUAAUAAGGACAUAUCAUCCAGAAGCGAUCCUCUGUGUUCACACGCCCGUCUUUGCCAUUCCACCUGACAUGUCAGACUUUGCCGACCUUGUCAAAGGCCGUGCCGCAUUCAGCAGUCACUUUUACGAUGGCCUCACGCUCGUUACAAAGCAUUGGAAUUGGUUCAACGCCGAUGCGUUAGGCGUACUUCGCGGCAAGUAUGCAGGCAUCUUAUUCGCGCUCAAAUUCGGCGAAAAGGCCAUCAGGAAAUGCAUACGCGAUCAGCUGUCACAGUUACGGCAGGACGGCCAUGAUAAGCUCGGCAAUUAUCCGACCUUUAUGGGAGAGCUAGGCAUACCCUACGAUCUUGACGGAGGUCGAGCCUAUGAGACGGGCGACUACACAAAUCAGUCUCGCGCGCUCGAUGCCAGUCUGAACGCUUGCGAUAGCAUCAAUCAGCUCAAUUAUGCUAUCUGGUGCUACUGCCCGGACAACAGCCAUCGAUGGGGCGAUCUCUGGAAUGGAGAGGACCUCAGCGUGUGGAGUCCAGAUGAUCUGCACGAUCGCGAGCCGCGGAACACAGACGAGUAUGCACGUCAUGGUGCAAUGUCCGCCAGCAUCGCAUCCAAUCCUGAUAGUACCAGCGCAUCUUCGUCCACUGAUUCGAUGACCAAAGAUGAUGAUGUCGACAUCACAGUCGUUGAUGACAUUGGCGCGAGACCCGUUCGUCGCAUGGACUUGAACGAUGGCUCUCGUGCUCUGCUUGCUUUCUGUCGUCCGUACGCCAUCGCAGUCGUAGGCAGACCGACGGACAGCGUAUUCGAUAUCAAAUCAGCUACCUUUACGCUCGAUGUGGAGGUCAAGGCAGGCGAUGUGACCGAAAGCGGACUGUUUACCGAGAUCUUUGUGCCAAUGGUGCACUUUGGCGCAUCGCCCAAAAUGUUUGUGCCCGACGUUCGAGAUGACGAUCUAGGCUUCAACGACCCGAUAGACUCCAAGAAAACGAAUCGACGCGAGAGGCGAGAGCCUGACGACAUGAAACCUACCGCGCUUGAUCUAGACGUGACCGUCAGCGCAGGGGACUACUCGAUCGAUGGUCAGGUACUCAGCUGGCGAUACCCCAUACCGAGGCCGACGACCAAUGUUCCCCUCAAGCAUUCUAUCACGAUAAAGCGCGCGUCUGGGCCGAUACCGACUUGGCAACGUGAGUAUGGCAGCAAGACCGCUGCUACACAUGCUGCCUCGGCCAGUGCUCUCUGUGGCUCAGAUGCCGAGCAGUCUUCCUGUACUGUUUCGUAA